AUGUUUCGAACCCUAUCAGCAGCAGCGCUGCUGGUCCUCAGCCUCACAGCCUCCGCAACACAAAUUUUUCAGAACACCGGAACCACCUCGGGUUGGGAUUCGACCAACAAAGAGCACUCUGGCACCGUGCAACAAGUGACCAAUGUGGUCUACAAGGGCUCUACGGCCCUGAAGAUGACCCAGGUCUACGACUCGAGCUACAGCGGACGAUACCAUUCUGAAGUCGUCAAGAACAAUGUCUACAAACGCGGCGACACUGGCUAUUAUGGCUUCACGUUCCGUCUGCAGGAGAACUGGCAAUUCUCCCCAGCCCAAUCGUACAACAUCGCUCAAUUCAUCGCCGAUUUCGGCGACACCGGCUGCGAUGACUACAUGCCUUCCAGUAUGAUCUGGAUUGUGGGUGACCAGCUCUACACACGUGUCAAACAAGGGAACAUCUGUGCACAGAAAACCCAGACUUUCCCCAAGCUGGCCACCAUCUCUGCUGGAGAGUGGCACAAGAUCGAAAUUCAGGCCACCUGGAAAUCGGAUGGUACGGGUGUUUACACGCUUUGGUUGGAUGGAAAGAAUGUGCUGGAUAAGAGUGGCCUUGCCACUACGAUUGAUGAUGAUCGAGCGUUCCAGUUCCGGGUCGGACUUUAUGCUAAUGGAUGGCAUGAUGACAAUGGGAUGAAGGGCACGCAGGGAACAAGGCAGAUUUGGUAUGAUCAAAUCGCUGCUGGAAGUGCCUUUGCGGAUGCGGAUGCCGAUCAGUGGUGA